ACCUCCCGAUAACAACAUCUGUAAAGACAAGCAAAUCAACACAACCUCGCUUUGUGUCGCGUGGAGGCAGGUCUUAACACCGCGGCUUGAUCAAUAGAAGUGAUUAGAAUUUUAAACAGAAUUGAACUGUAGAGAGGCGGUCGGACUCGCGUGUGUCUUUAAGGGCUGCUGCUGCUGCUGUGUGUGUGUGUGUGUGUGUGUGUUUCAUCUUCAGCUCUCUCCGUUAGCGCGCAGACGAGCGAGCUGAAACGGGCGCGAGCUGCUGGAUCUUUCUGAAUCUCUCCGCGCGCGCGCGUGUGUGGAUGUUAUCUCACAUGCAGUCUCCUGGACUUUCGGAUAAACACAGUUGAUUACUUGAUGAUGAUGAUGAUGAUGAUGAUGGUGAUGAGGAUGAUGAAGAGGACUGUCUCGUUCGGUGUCGGCGCGCGCAGGACGUUCCUUGUUCUGUGGGUUCUGUGCACGCUCCGGUCCGUGCGCGCUGCCCACCAUCACCAUCACUGUAACGGGCCGCUGACCGCUCUGCUUCCUCCAACGUCCUUCCAGACCUCGUCCAUCUCCUCAGAGAGUCACGCUGGGUUUUAUGCUAGGCUAAACAACAGAGAGGGAGGUGGAGGCUGGAAGCCUGAUCAUGCAGACCCCCUGCGCUGGUUGCAGGUGGACCUGCGCGAGAGGAUGGAGGUGGUCGCCGUGGUGACACAGGGUGCAUUUGGCAGCUCUGACUGGGUGACCAGUUACACACUGCUGUACAGUGACACUGGGAGAGACUGGAAACAGUAUAGACACGAGGACUACGCUGGAGUUUUCCCGGGAAACACGGACGCUGAUGGUGUGACCCAUCACAAACUCCCACACUCCAUCCGCACACGCUACCUGAGAUUCCUGCCGCAGGACUGGAGCUCAGAGGGAUGGAUCGGCCUGCGGGUGGAAGUGUACGGCUGCUCCUACAAGUCAGACGUGGCGGAUUUCGAUGGCAGGAGCGCUCUGAUGUACCGCUUCAAUCAGAAGUCCAUGAGCACGGUGAAGGACGUCAUCUCUCUGCAGUUCAAGAGCAUGAGAUCAGACGGAGUCCUGGUCCACGGAGAGGGUCAGAGGGGAGAUUACAUCACACUGGAGCUGCACCGUGGACGUCUGGCUUUACACAUCAACCUGGAUGAUGCUGAGGCUCACUCCCGCAGCGCUCAGGUCUCCAUGACUCUGGGGAGUCUCCUGGAUGAUCAGCACUGGCACUCAGUCCUGAUCGAGCGUUUCAACAAGCAGAUCAACCUUACUGUGGACCGAAUGACGCGACACUUUCGCUCCGGGGGAACAGGGGACUCGCUGGAGGUCGACUACGAACUCAGUAUCGGCGGCGUUCCUCUGCCCGGAAAACCAGGAACGUUCCUGCGCAAGAACUUUCACGGCUGUAUGGAGAACCUCUACUACAACGGCGUUAACAUCAUUGAUCUGGCCAAGCGCAAGAAACCGCAGAUCUACAGCGUGGGUAACGUGAGCUUUUCCUGCUCAGAUCCUCCGUCGGUCUCAGCCACGUUCCUCAGCUCCCAUAGCAGCUUCCUGCAGAUUCCGACUGAUUUUUGGCUGAUGCCGGAGACGGAGAUCACAGAGACGUCUGGGUGGAGCGCGAGUUUCCAGUUUCGCACGUGGAACCGAGAUGCCAUGCUCAUGUGGAUCGGCCUGCAGGGGGCGGAGAAACUUCUGCUGCUGCUGACUGACACACAGCUGAGGCUCAUACACCAGCGAUCAGCCCUACAGAGCUCCGAGAUCACUGUCGGCCGCAGUCUGAGUGAUGGACUCUGGCACUCGGUCUCAGUGAAGCUGACGGGACUUCAGGCUUCUGUCUCCGUGGACAGCGAUUCUCCGUCCAGCAUGAUGCUUGGACAUCUCACACAACCCUGGAACACCGUGAUAAUCGGAGGAUGCCCAACAUCAUCAGCCAAUCAGGGCUGCCGGAACCCCACGCUGGCCUAUCAGGGCUGCAUGCGCUCCAUCGUCCUUAACAACCAACCACUCGACCUGUACCGCGUGCAGAAAGGCCUUCUGGGUAAAUACAGUGAGCUCCAAAUCGACAUCUGCAACAUACGAGACAGGUGUUUGCCCAGUUACUGUGAGCAUGGUGGUGAAUGUUCUCAAUCCUGGAGCUCCUUCAGGUGUGACUGCUCUGGUACAGGAUACAUCGGAGCGACCUGCCACAACUCCAUCUUUGAAGUGUCUUGUGAAGCACACAGACUGGCAGGAAGCUCCUCAGGGUUUUUCUCCAUCGACCCGGAUGGUAGUGGGCCGCUCACACAUACCGUCGUCUACUGCAAUAUGAGUGCGGAGAAGGUGUGGACGGUAAUUGGUCACAACAGCUCUGAGCCGGUGAGUGUUCAGGGUUCGAGUUUUCAGAAGCCACACAUCAUGAAGCUAAACUACAGUGCGUCACUGCAGCAGCUCACAACCCUGCUGCACAGAGCGCAGCACUGCCAACAGGAAGUGAUGUAUCGCUGCAGGAAGUCCCGCCUGUUCAACACCAGGGAUGGAAUUCCAUUAUCGUGGUGGAAGGACAGAGCUGGACAAAAGCAGACCUACUGGGCCGGGUUACUGCCAGGAAUUCAGCAGUGUUCCUGCAAUUUGGCUGAAAACUGCAUCAAUAUGAACCACUUCUGCAACUGUGACGCAGACCGGAGCUCCUGGGAGAACGAUACGGGUUUGCUGUCCUAUAAGGAGCAUCUUCCGGUCACUGAGGUGGUGGUGGGAGACACGAACCGAAGCGGCUCAGAAGCUGUUUACAGAGUCGGAUCUCUGCAGUGCCAUGGAGACAGGUUUCUGUGGAACGCUGUGUCGUUCUAUGAGGAGUUGUCGCCCCUGAACUUCCCCACGCUGCAGGCUGAGCUCAGUCUCGAUGUCUCCUUUUACUUCAAGACCACGGCACCCUCUGGAGUCUUCCUGGAGAACACGGGAGUCCGAGACUUUAUCCGUCUGGAGCUGAGCGCUCCGUCCACAGUGAUGUUCUCCUUUAAUGUGGGAUACGGUCCUCUGUUCCUGACCGUCAAGUCCCACGUUCCUCUGAACGAUAAGCAGUGGCACCACAUUCGAGCCGAGCGGAACGUGAAGGAAGCGUCGUUGCAGGUGGACCAGCUUCCCCAGCGCUUCCUGGAAGCUCCGCCUGAUGGCCACGCCCGUCUGCAGCUCAACGGACAGCUGUUUAUUGGAGGAAGCACCUCCAAGCAGAAGGGAUUUCUGGGAUGCAUCAGAGCAUUAACUAUAAACGGCGUGACCUUCGACCUGGAGGAACGUGCCAAAAAGACCCGGGGGGUGAGUGCGGGGUGUCCAGGUCACUGCAGCAGCCAGAACCGACUGUGCCACAAUCGAGGACGCUGCGUGGAGAGGAACAGCGGCUACGUCUGUGACUGCACACACUCUGCGUACGGAGGACCUCUGUGUCAAACCGAAGUUUCUGUGUCUUUCGAGAGUGGCACCUCGGUGAUCUACACAUUCCAGGAGCCGUUCUCGGUGAUGCGUAACUCCAGCCGUCAGACGUCGUCCAUCUUCGCUCAGAGCAGCAGGUCUCGGGAAAACGUGGCGUUCCGCUUCCUCACCAGCGAAUCUCCCGCCAUGCUGAUGACCGUCACCACAUACCAGCUGCAGUACCUGGCCAUCAUCCUGGCUCAGAACGGGAGUUUACAGAUUUGGUAUAAACUGAAGCAGGAGAAGGAGCCGGGCGUGUUUACAGCCACAGAGUACAGCCUCGCUAAUGGACAACUGCACCGGGUCCAGCUGCACAGAGAGGGCAGGGACAUGUACGUCCAGGUGGAUAAGGAUGUGAGUCAGAAGUUCCUCCUCUCCACAGACCGAGAGUUACACCUGAUCCGCUCUCUGACGCUCGGCAGAAUCACCAGGCAUGAGGUGGGCGUGGACGAGGAGGUGAUGCAGGCAGGAUCGAGAGGUUUCAUUGGCUGCCUCUCGUCUGUUCAGUUCAAUCACCUCGCUCCUUUAAAAGCAGCCAUUCUGAAUCGAGGAAGCUCACUGGUCAGCGUGCUCGGGAAUCUGGUGGAGUCCAACUGUGGAGAGCUGGCUGAUAGAUCCCUCUCACACACACUGUCAGACCAUUCCGACGGAGAGAAGCGAGGGAAGGAGCGCCUGAAGAACUCAGAGACGAGCGACACGGCCGUGAUCGGAGGUUUGAUAGCAGCCCUGCUGUUGGUUGUGCUUUGUGUUGUGGCAGUGAUGAUGCGUUUCCUAUUGCGUUUUCGACACAAGCGUUCCCGUCAGCCCAAAGAGAAGGACCCGCGGGCUCAGCCGGAGCUCAGGGACAGCAGGACGGAGUACUUCAUAUGACCCCUAAACGACCCCUUGGCUGAGUGACCCUAAAUCACCACGCCAUUAGGGAGGACAGCGGGAGAGCCACUAGUGCCCUUGAUCCUCGUUCCCUUCCUCCAUCAGCUCAAGCUUGUUUUGUGCCCUUAAUAAGCUCGACAGUGUGGACUGGGACAUGGCCAAGCGAUGGAGGACAAAGACCUUUGACCUCUGGCCUCAUGAGGAGAUUUAGGGAAGAGAGCAGAGACACUUUGAUGAUUGUUUCCUUCCUCUCUUCCAUUCCAGUUGGGGCUAAUUGAUUGGAUUGGCACACAGCCAAGCCAAUGGAGAACAAAGCUGCUGUAUAAAGGGAAGAAAGGAGUACUUGAUAUGACCUUUGACCUUUAAUCUUAUAACUGGACACUGCAGCAGGGAUUGGGACACAGCCGAGGUAGUGUAACGUGAAAGAGUAGAUGUGACCUCUGACGCCAGUUAAGAAACCAGUCUAUCCAUCACACACACACACACGCACACACACACACACACACAUGCACACACAUGCACACACACACUCUCACACAGUGUGAGGCUGCAGGGGGAAUUCGGGAUAAUCAGGCAACAUCAUGUCCCAUCACAGAGACAGCACUAAUGGGACUCACACUUCCUGUAUCCAGUCGAGCAGCUUUGAUAGAGUGUUAUCCAAUCAACACCUACACACACACACACACACACACACACAUUCUAAAUGCAGAGUGAAGAGCAGAAUGAUUCUCAUCCACGCAGCUUAAUUGAAUUAAUUAUGUGGAAUCUGGUCUGUUAUUAAUAAUAAUGUCACUGCUCCAGUCUUUACAUUAAUCACAGUAUUAUUAAGAGGGUUAAUAAGAGUAUUAAUUAGAGUAUUAGAGUAUUAAUGAGUUUAUUACUGAGAGUAUUAAUGAGAGUAUUAACCCUCUAAUGUUCUGUGCAAGCUUUUGGUAGCCCUCAUUCUGAAUCACUAUAUUUCAUUAACAAUUUUUUUAUCUUAACUCAAGCUCAUUGGGCAACCGUUUGGUAGAGGCCUAUAUUUAAAUAAUUAUGGGGUCUGUUAAAAAAACAGUUAUAUAUUGUUGUUAUUUUUGACCCAGGUAAAUAAAAAAUGCAAAGAAAUUUUUUUUCCAUUGCUUUUUCUUGUUGCAGACAUUAAAGGGUUAAUGAGAGUAUUAUGAGAGUAUUAAUGACAGUAUUAAUGAGAGUAUUAUGAGAGUA